AGUUUCAUCCUUGCAUAUUACUCUUUAUUCACUAAAAAACAUAGACAUCCUAAUCAGGUAAUGUCAUAAUACAGUCUCACAUAAUGUAAACUACGAAUUAACCAUAGAGUGUAUUUAUGCUGUUCAUUUAAGCAACAAGAAGCGUAAACCGUAAGAAAAUUAUUAAAUCUUCAAGGUAACGUUAUUUAGUGUUCUUUUAACAGAUGCGACGUUCUUAUUUUGCCUUUCUUGAACAUAAAAUGAUCCUGUGGCUUUUUACUUCAAGGGAAUUUAUUUUUUAUUAGAACAGAAUACAGAAACUGAAACACAGUAAGAGGGGAAAAAUUAUCUUUGUCCAGUUCUCUUCCAUUGAUAAACAACUGAGCGUAUGUUUUUCAUUAAGCUGCUUUGAUUGUUAUGCAGCUGCUUAUUGGUGUCUUAACAAAACCACCAGCGUAUAAAAAACAUCGUAAAAAACCCACCGGUUGCGCUUAUUGCACCGCCUACGGGCGGUUCCAUGCGUAGUGACGCAAUGAAACGUGGAUUAAACUCACGCUGGGAGCCCAGAUGAUGUGAGGAUCACCCAGUGGUGCUGUGGAGGAGGUGGACGCUGUGCAGGGCUGCUGGACUGGCUCACAGCUCUGUGGAUGUUUGGCUGAGGAGCUGCAGGCACCAUGGGCACCGGAGACUACAUCUGCGUCACCCUGCACGGCGGUGCGCCCUGGGGCUUCACCUUAAAGGAGGGAGAAGGGGACACUUAUAGACCUCUCCUUGUUUCCCAGGUGGAAGAGGGGGGUCGUGCCUCCUUGGUUGGAAUCCAGGAGAGUGAUGAGUUGGUGUCCAUCAACGGCGAGCCCUGUGCUGAUCUCACUCUCUUACGAGCGUUCGCUCUCAUCGACACAUCGACCGACAGUCUGCAGUUACUGCUAAAAAGACACAUCUACAUCUCAUCUGAAGAUGGUGAAACAGAUGGGACAAUCUGUAGUGAGAGGACCUCUUCAGGCAAGGCUUUAGAAAGUACCACCCUCCACAUCAUCUCAUCAAAAUACAGGUCCAGUGUCCCCAAAGAGCUUUACACCUCUGAGUCCCAAGGUGAGACCCUCUAUGAAGACUUGGACAUCAACAGAGAGGCUCCCUGGAGAACAAAGCAACAUUCGUCUGAUGAUUUGGAAAGACACAAGUUGGUUUUUAAGAAAGAAGAUGAGGAAGUACGGCGGUGCUUUUCUCCUGGUGAUUUGGUGGAGCUUCAGGUGGCCCUGUCUGAGCAAACCUUGGAGGACAAGGGCUGCACUUCUCUAGGGAGUGCUCGUGGGAUUCAGGGAGAGUUUUUGAACAAGGAGGAUGGCGAACCAAUACAUACUCCCACAGGCUCUACCAAAGAGUCACUAAGGCAGCAUGGGGUGGUGGUUGGCUCCCCCUCGAUGCGGCGCAAGGUGGAGGUCGUUCUGCAGCAGACAGAAGCAUCAGCAGCAGGGAGGGGCGUCCUGAGCGUGGGAGGCCCUAGGGUCAGUGAAAGUGUUGAAUCCCAAAGCGAAGGAAGGCAGUUCGAGGGAGUUCCCGAGUCUUUUACCAUCUCGUAUGAGAUUCCAUCAGAGGAGGCGGACAAUCAGAACUCAGAUUCUGACGGGGGUCAGGAAAAACCCAGCAAGCAUCGGGCGAAGCACGCUAGGCUAAGGCGCAACGAGAGUCUGUCUGAGAAACAGGUGAAGGAGGCCAAAUCCAAAUGUAAACGUAUUGCUCUUCUCCUUUCGGCGGCACCACCAAACCCUAACAACAAGGGGGUGUUGAUGUUCAAGAGACAUCGCCAGAGGGCCAAAAAGUUUACUCUUGUGAGCUACGGUACAGGAGACGACGAACCAGAGUUUAGUGACGAAGAGCAAGAGGAUUCUGAAGAGGAGAAGCUGGAACCUGCUGCUGGAAAUUACAAAUUUGAAGCUUCUGUUGAUUCUAAGUCAGACAAGCAUUUUCUUGCUAAUGUCCCAAGUGGCAAAAGUGUUCUAAUUUUAGAUUUGGACCAGAGUCUUUUUGGAGUCAAAACGGACUUGAACAGCAAAACAAAGAUGGAAUGUUUGCCUGAAACCAAAGGUAAAGGCGCUUUAAUGUUUGUUCAGCGGCGUCAAAGAAUGGAUGAGAUCACUGCAGAACAUGAGGAACUCAGACGCCAAGGGAUACCUGUGGAAGGAGUUCAGGAGGCUGAGAAGAAAGCAGAUGAGUACUCUUAUAUGCAGUCCACAACAGAUGGCCAUGCUUACAUGGAUGUAAAUAUGCACCAACAAAGCCAGCAGCAUUACCAGCAAUACCAAGAGCAACAGUACUAUGAGCAGCAGCAGAGCUACCAACAGCAGCAGCAUCAACAAUAUCAACAAUACCAGCAGCAGCAGAUACAACAACAGCAAUAUGAACAACAACAACAACAGCAGCAGCAAAUAUAUCAGCAACAGCAAAGUUAUCAAGAGCAACAGCAAAUUCAGCACUAUUCUGCAAACAUCAAUGGCAUGGUUCAACAUCAAACCAAUGAAAUUCAGAGUUCUUUCAGUAAUCGCACAGCAAAGCCUUUUACAGCAGAUAAUAUGGUAGCAACCCCUUAUUCUCAAGUGGCAAGUGGGACUAACCAAGAUUCUGUGGGUCAAGGAGAGCAGAUAGCAUCUCGUGAUGAGCGGAUUUCUACUCCUGCAAUAAGAACUGGGCUUUUGUCAGACACAAAGAGAAAAAGCACUAGCAAGCCAAUGUUCACCUUUAAAGAAGCACCAAAAGUAUCACCUAACCCAGCAUUAUUGAGUCUCCUCAACAGGGGUGAUAGGAAAGGGUUUGAGUCUGGACCUGAGGAAGACUACCUUAGCCUUGGGGCUGAAGCUUGCAAUUUCCUCCAGUCUCAAAGAGUUAAACACAAGAUUCCACCACCAGUUGCCCCGAAGCCCGCGAUCAAGCCCAAUUCUCCUCCUUGGUCCCUUCAAAUAGAAGCAGCCAACCAGGACAUGCCUCAGUGUGCUGAAAAUAGUCUAUCCUCACCUGCUGCAGCCCCCACCAAAGAGGCCGCCCCUGCUCUAGAACCAGAGCCAAACCCUGCACCUGCCCCAGAGUCUUCCAUCCUUCCUUCCCCACAAGACACUCCUGCAAACAACACCACUGCAGACCAGCAUGCAUGGUCUCUCCCAGAACCAGAGUCUCAACAACAGUCUCCACAAGUAAUGGUUCAGGAGGCUAAUAGUCUGGUGAAUUCUGCUCUGCAGUCUGAAACAUCACAAAUGGCCACAUGGGGAGCAGUACAAACACAGCAACAGUCUACUUCCUGUUCUUGGCAAUCAGGACAAAUGCAGCCCCAGAACCCACCUCCAACCCAGUCCCCAUCACAGCUACCUUGGGUAACCCAUCAGCCUACUCAGAAUCAAGCACCUAUUCAGCAUCCAACAAACACUUGGCCCCCUCAAAGUCCGCAAUCAUGGGCUCAGCCUGAAGAACAAGCACAAGACCGUCCAAAUGCUCAGCCACCUUGGGCUCAACCUCAAGAACAACCACAGCCUCAGCCACAGAUUCAGCCACCUUGGUCACACAUUAAGGAGAAGCCUCAAUUGCAGCAAAUGCCACCAACUUGGGGUCAGGCCCAAGAACCACAGCCACCCCCUCAGAACCCUUGGACACCGCCAGCACAAAUGGAGUCUCAACAGCAGCCACCAUGGGUGCAUCAACCUCAGUCCAAAAUCCAAUCUCAACCUCCCUGGGUUCAACAAGCUCAGCCAGAAACACAGCCACAAUCACCUUGGGUUCAGCAACAACAACAUCCAGAUUUGCCACAAUCGUGGUCAAAGGCUCAAGCGCCAGGUCAACCUCAACCACCAUGGGUCUCAGCUCAGCCUCAACAGCAGCCAUCUUUUAAUACAUGGGCCCCAUCACCACCUCAAGGACAAUCUCAAACACCCUGGAUCAAUGUACAACCUCAAGCUCAGGCUCCAGUUAAUCCAAUUAAUCUAAAUCCAUGGGCACCAGUUCCUGCCCAACCUCAGUCCGAAGCUUCUUGGAAUCCGCAACCUUCAGAGCAUGGUGGUCAGCAACACAUGAAUGCUUGGGCUCCGGAACAAAAUCAAGCCCAGCAUCAGCCACCUUGGAUUCAACCAGUUCCAUCCCAGCCUGUACAACAGCCAAACUGGCAGCAGCCUGCUCCAAACACUCCACAACAAAUGCAAAUGAAUAUGUGGUCCUCAGGCCAGGUGCAGCCUCAAGUACCUGCUAAUGACUGGAGACCACAGUCACAGCAGGCACCUUUAAAUGCUCCCGCAUCUACAGUGAACAUCCACCCUUCCCCUAAACCCUGGCAUCCACUGCAAUCUACACCACAAAACCAGAUGCCUCCACCUCCACCCCAGAGAAUGCACUCCUUUACUGUUGUUCAAAAAUCUUCGUCACCUGUCAACCCAAUGGCUACCGUCUUGAAUCCUAAACCAUCCCUUGGUUCAGCCUAUGAGAUGCCAGUUGUCAAAGGGAAAGGAGCUGAUAUGUUUGCGAAGAGGCAAUCCCGUAUGGAGAAGUUUGUCGUGGACUCUGAGACCGUGGAGGCAAACAAAGCAAGCCGGUCAACAUCACCAGCUGCUUCCUUGCCAAACGAAUGGAGAUACACCCCCAAUGCAAUUGGCAGAAGCUAUUCCCUUUCUCCACCAGUCAGGGUGCCAUUUACGGGCCAGAAAUCAGCUUCUGCUUCCUCCUCUCCCAAGCCUCAAAGCCGAUCCUCCACAACUCCCCCAGCAAGACAGACUUCCUGGCUGGAAAAAGGCUUCAAACCCCUAACCCCCUGGGAGGCUGCCUCCCGCCACCCCUUGGGCCUUGUAGACGAAGCCUUUGCUGUCCAGAACCUCCAACAGUCUAUUGCUUCAAAUGUCCGCCUGGCAGCCCAGCGUAAAAUGCUGCCUGAGCCGCCAGCAGAUUGGAAGGCCAGGGUUACUUACCCAGCCCCGCAGAAAGCAAGCAGCCAGACUUGGAGCCAAAGCCAAAGCCACGGUCAGAGUCGAGCUCCAAUUCCUUCAUUUGUGUCCCCAACAAGAAGCCCUGUCUCCACUCCAGUAAGCCACAUUGGUUACAGGUCUCUGCCCAGACAGUGGCAGUCUCAAAAGUACGUGGCCGAAGUAAACCAAAAGCCUUCAAUAUGUUUUUCUGGAGGUAAAAGACCACCGGAAACGCACUCUUACAAGUCUGUAUACACCAGCAAUACGUGGAGUUGGAGGCGGUAGGAUAGACAUUGGUCUUUACACACCAAGCUCCUAAUAGAGCUCUUUGUGUUAUCUUAUUUUAGUGGCAGUAAAGGAUCAAAUCAGACAGAAAAGUCAGUAUACAUUUGAACUGUUGGGAAGUUUGCAUCAAAUUCUGCUGUUUUACACCAUUUAUCAAACACUGUUUUUUAGUUUUGCUUUCAUAUCGUUAGCCUGUGUGGUUUUAGAUGAUGGUUGUAACAGUUACAUGAGGAAAGAGAAGAUCAGGUGGAUUAUUUAAUGUCGGCUUACAAAAGGUUUUCUGUGUGGAUUGUUUACAUGAAAUACAUAGAAGUCAUCCUGUACCGCCUUUUUGUAUGUAAAAAUGGAGUAUAAAUGGCCAUCCAUCACAUCAUUGGAAAUUUGUAGGGAUGGAUAAAAAGUGGGAAACGAUGUGAAUGAUCAUGCAUCAUCAGUAUCUCCAGGGAUAACUGAAGCUUUCACAGAACAGAGGUGAUAUAGGGCUGUUGUGUAAGAAAAAUAUGCUUGAAAGUUUAUUUUGAAACUUUGCUUCUUGGAAUUCUGCCAUUUACUUACAAAGAUUGUAAUCUUUUCUGGCCACCGUGGUUGUCUCUAUGGGUUUAUUCACCAAGAAAAACACAUUAACGUUGUUUCUCAUGGAUAAAAAAAAUGCACUUUUCCAUGUAUUGGGUGCACUUUCUUCAAUACAACACAUACGGAAUGGUUAUAGGGUCAACACUGUGACCCAAGUAGCACAAGUUUUACCACGUUAUUGCUGUACCUAAGAUUUACCAAAUCUACUCAAUAUUUUGUUAGGAACCUUUAACAAUUGUAAAUGUGAACUAUUCAUUCUUAAAUUAAGGCUUUGACUUUGAUACAGUAAAAUGAUCAGGUUUAGGCUGAUAGAAGACAAAGAAAUUGAAGGCCACAUUACACACACUGGUCAAUCUUAAUUCUAAUCUUCUAUGGUAAUGUGAUUUGGAAGUGAUCAAACAGGAUCACAAACAAGCAGAUGAAAUGCAUUUCCUCUGUAGGGUGGCUGGUCUAAGGCUUAACAAUCAUUUGAGGAGCUCAAAAGUCCAGCAGAGACUCGAGUAGAGCCACUGCUCUUCCAAGCCAAGAAGUGCUAGCUAAAGUGGUCUGGGCAUUUGGUCAGAAUGCCUCCUGGACACCUCCUAGGAGGAUGUUUGGGCAUGUCCUGUUGGUAGGUUGACCCGGGACACAUUGGAUGCAUUAUAUUGCCAGGCUGGCUAAGGAAAGCCUUGGAGUCCCACCAGAAGAAGAAGAAGAAGAAGAAAAUAUCAUUUCUAUAGCGCCUCUCAAGAUAAAAAUCAUGAGGCGCCUCACAAAAACAAAAAAUUUAAAAAAUGUAAAAAUAUAAAAAAGCAUUUAGAAAAUGUUUUAAAAUAUAUUUAUAAUGAGCAAAAAUAAGCAAUUGCGAUUUAAAAGAAAAAAAUGUUAAGAAAGAGAGAGAGUGAAUAGGAAAGAGGGAAAUCAGUGGAUCCUGAGGAAGGUGGAAUAGGUGGGGAGAGCAGAAUAAAGAGAGAGUGGUGAAGAAGGUCAUACAAAAAAAAGUAGAGUAAGCAGAGGUUGCUGGGGAGAGGGCAGUUGUGGCCUCUCUUCUGGGACUGCCACCCCAUGACCUGGACUCAGAAAACUGGACUAACAGACAAAUGAACAUUUCAUGCCAAAGUGUUAAAUGAAGCUCAUCUUGAACAACGCUGAAGUAUGUGUCUUGAAUAUCACUUAGCUGUUACCAGUCUGUAAACCUGACAGGGUGGAAGCCAUUUUCUGUUUGCUAUGAUAGAUUAGCUGUGACAGCCAUCUUCUGCUCAAAUUCAUGAGAUAUUUUUACUAACAAAAAGACAAACACACUUAAAGGAAAACAUUGUUGUCCACAUUUUGCGCAAUUAGAAAUAAAAAAUGAGUAAAAUUGGGAAUUUUCACUUGUCAGAGAUACACAACGUAUAGUGAUAUAUACAUUGUGUUUCACAAUCCAGCUUGAUACAUUAAAUCUUCAUUGCGAUAUUAGUUCAAUGAUUAUUACUCAUCCUUAUAUGUUGCCCAUAUAAUUUAUAAAGUUGGCACCAUUCCUUUGAAUGUUAAUGCUUUAAAAUGACUUUCUGGGGUCAUAGGCGUGUUUCAACCAUCGGAACCUCCAGGGGAUUUUAGCUGACCUUCCCGGCAUGCAAGUGUCUCCAUUUCACCGGGUCGGCCCGAAAGAACCAUUUAGUGGGCAAUUUCAGGAACCAACGAAGUACCUGUACUUGGAAAGACCCAGUAGAGUCGCUGAGGGAGACUUGUAGCUAGCUCAUGUUGAUUGGCUCUAACUCAGUUGGAAAGAACAUCAGCAGAUGUUGCCAAAUAACCAGCAUUUGUAAAAUUGGAAGAGUUGCUGGUGAAGCAGAUUAGAAGGAAAAGAAAAUAAGCACUGUUCAGGCUGCUUUAAAAUCACCCUUUCUCAGCUCCCUACACUGAAAAAUACUGGAAAUCCCUCCACAACACCGUAAUGCAUGUUGCUUUGUGGUUUCACUGAAUGCUGUGAAAAACUGUUUCUUCCGGUUAUUGAACGCUGCUUUUUACAUCACACAGCCGCUCUUCUGCUUAUCCGAAUGGAUUAAAUCACAGUGUGCUGUGAUAGAAUAAAACAUUUAAUACUAGCUCAGUGGUAGAGUGUCCGCCCUGGGACUGGAAGAUCGGGGUUCGAUUUCCCGGCUGGGUCAUACAAAGAAUUUAACCCUCCCACUGUCUUUAUGGGUGACCCCGCAAGGAAAGUUGACCAUUGAGCAGGAUUGAUGGUUUAUCCCUUGAGGUCCACGUGGCAGGGGUGAGGUGGUGCUCACUCCUCACCCCUGCCACAUGGACCCAAGGGAUAAACAAUCAACCCUGCUCAAUGGUCAACUUUCCUCACGGGGUCACACCCACUAGGACAGUGGGAGGGUUAAAGAUGGGACCCAAUGACUCCCUGCUUAACACUCAGCUUUAAGGGGUUGGAUUUGGGGGUUAAACCACCAAAUAGAUCCCGAGCACAGCCGUCGCUGCAGCUCAUCGCUCCCCUCCAUGGGGAUGGGUCACAUGCAGAGAUUAAUUUCACCAGUGUGUGAUGAUGAAUUUGGGACUUUAAUGUUAUUAUUUUCCAUGGAGACCUGGCGCUGAUCAGAGAUAUCACUCACUGCCAAAGCAGUUGCUGUAUGCUAACCUGUCAGCAAAGUCCUGAAAGGGAUGAUUUUGUAUGGAGGCACAAUGCUGGUGAAGGUUCUCAGUCAUCCAGGUCAUGGUAAUCCAAAAGGGUUCCAAUGAAAGCAACUGGAAUUCUUUGGUUUCUUGAAGAUGUUUCGCUUCACCUAUGAGGAGCUUUGUCAGUUCUGACUGGAAUAUGGGAGGAUCCAGUAUAUAAACUAUAGCUGUCUGUUGUUGGUUAAAGAGCUGAAACUACAUAUGAAUACCCCUACCCCCGGUGAGUCAUUGUGUUGAUUACAUGCAGAAGGGUGUGACCCUUCCAUAUUCCAGUCAGAACUGACAAAACGAAACGUCUUCAAGAAACCAAAAAAGUCUAGUUGCCUUUAUUUAAACACUUUUAGAUGCAGACCCAAUGGCUAAGAGGACCGAUCCAUCAUAUCCCCUGGUCACUCUUCCCCCUCCCCGAAAUCUAAUAAUGGAAACAUGGCUCUUGAUUCAAACCCAAAUGAGUGCUGAGAUUGAAAAUUUAACAAAUAUAAGCAUGAGGCGUGAAACUUGUGAUACUGAUUCAUCAGAAAAUCAUAAAGUUUACCACUUUGUCAAUGACAGACUAAGCAUAGCAGAUUUAAGGGUUUUUCUCACAUAUCUUUUAGGAACUACCCUGGUUUGUGUCAUGAAAGAUAUAAUGAUGCUAAGAUUGGGACAAGAAACAUUAACACAAUCCUUAUAUUUUAAAUUGUGAUUUUUGUAAGCUUCUGUUUUUGCAGUUCGCCCUGUUUAUGUGUAGUUUUUGCUGUGUGUUUUCUACAUUUUGCAUGUUUACAGUGAUUGUUUUACUUGUUUUGUGUUCAAUCCACAGAGCUCAAGGACAGGAUUAGGCUGAUGCUUUCACCACAGGAUAUCAGAUUGUCAGAAUGUAAUUAGUGGUGCCUCUUUGGAAACCAGGCUUAAAACUUGGGAAAAGGUUAGAGCUACAACUCAGCAUGUUGCAGGCGAACAUGUUACAUAAGCUGUAAUAAGUCAGAUUGAAUUUGCUUAUUUACCAGAAGCAUUUUAAUUGGUGUAGCCACUCAUUGGGGUUAUAAUGUUUUAUCAAAGCCAGGCAAGGGAGAAUAUUUCACAUUAUGUCUCAAACAUAAUCACAAUGUAUUAAAAUAUUUGUUUGUGGAGUAUAAAAACUUUACUGUGGUUUAAAAAAAUCUAAUUUUGGUGUUUGUGUUUCCUAGAUUAUCUUAAAGGUGUGGUUUACCUAUUUAUGCAAUACAUUUGCAGUGUUCUCUAGUGUAAAUUAAUGCCUUAUGAGUCAUUACAAAAAGCUCUGAUGCUCCUGUUCUGAGAUGCAGACAUUUGCUGAGGCAGAAGUGGGCUGAAAACAGCAAGAUUGCUUAUUAUUAUUAAUGAAAUGCACACACCUCGCUAAUUUCUCCUCCAGCUGACGUAUACAUCCUAGAACAGGCACAUCUGAGCUUUUUCCCCCCACAGUACAACUUACAAGGCAUUUAUCUCUGCUAGAGACCACUGCGAAUGCAACGAUAUGAGUAAAGUUGGCCUUUAAAGCACUUACGGUAUGUGUGUCACCUGAUGUCCUAUAGCCUAUCCGCAAUGAUUUCACUCCAUAGUUUCCUGUGAAACAUUAAGUAUUGUGACCAUAAUCCAAUACCACCAGUUUCUGUUCCUUCCAUUUUUAAAUAAACAAACAUUUUUGCACCA